ACGGUGACGAGUCGAAGGGGGUAGGAAGCGGAUGAAUACACGAGGGGAGAGAGGAGGGAUAGGGAGACCCGCCAUUGUGGGCCACAGAGCCGAGACUGACGGAACGUGCCUGUCCUCCCGUCGCCGGUAGUCUGCCUCCUGCUUCUCCUUUUUUCCUCCUUUAUCCCCCCUUUCCCCCCCUCCUUCGUCUGUGAUCCCCGUUCAACAUGAGUUGGCAGGAUUACAUCGACAAGCAGUUGAUAGGUUCCAAGAACAUCUCCCAAGCAGCAAUAGCCGGACACGAUGGCAACGUCUGGGCCAAGUCCGACGGUUUCAAUGUGUCGAAGGAGGAGAUCGUGCGACUGAUGGCGGGAUUAGGGGAUCCCACCCAGUUUCACAUGAAUGGAGUCCAUGUGAAUGGGACCCGGUUCGUUUACCUCUCAGGGAACGACCAGGUGGUACGUGCCAAGAAGGACAAGAUGGGCCUGCAUUGCGUCAAAACCAAUCAAGCGGUGAUAGUGGCCACCUACAACGACCCGAUCCAGCCGCAACAAGCAGCCUCCACUGCAGAAGGACUAGGAGAUUAUCUCAUCCAGUGUGGCUAUUGAGAUCUAUAUCCUAAGAACAGUGGUUUUACUUUGUCUCUCCUCUGUCUGUCCUCCUUCCUCUGCUCUUCUUUUGUCCUAUUUCUCUCUUCUUCCGUAUAUCAAUCUGCCAUCUCCCACAUCUUCUGUCUCAAACCCAACUGAUGUGUCAGCCAGCCUUCAUACUUGUGGAGAACUGUGAACUCUACUCUUUUCCAAGGCUUUUCUCCCGUGACAAUGCAAAUACAGGAAAAGUGGUCAAUGAAGUGAAAACUAAGAAGAAACAACAGUGAUGGUGUUUUUCAGUCUUCCAUGCCAACAUUCUGCUCCCAGUUUUCUGCACACAAACAUACACACACACACAUCUAAGGCAAAUGCAGGAUGAAAGCGAUUUAUAGGGCCAGGUGUGCAGAAGAACCAGUUAAUCUAUUUGGUUCUAGUCCAUAUGAGUAGGUUUCCCCCAUGUAUGAGGCCAGAUAGAUACAUGUUCCAUACAUAAAUACACACUGACUAUUUCCAUCUUCAUUACUCCUUCUCUUUCCUGCCUUAACCCGUGCUGAUAUGUUUCUCCUUACCUCCUUGAGGAUUGCUCAGUUAGCUUGUAAAAUAGCUUAUUGAGGUGAUUUUUUUUGCAAUCUGCCAAGUGUGAUGAUGAUUCUGAUUCUGAUCAUGAUUUUUGUUGAUUGUCCCAGUCUCUUUCUUGGCACCUGUGUUUAUUUCCAGUCAGCCAUACCGGCUCUGCAGCACUUCCCUUCAUGCUUUCUUCCAUCUUUCCUCACUUGGGACCAUUUUUGUUUCUGCACUGAAGCAAUCCCCACUCGCCUUUGUCUCUAUAUUUUUUUUUGUUUGAUCUCUGCAAAAGGUAUCUUUAUUUGCUUGUCCUUGAUCUGGGAUAUCAAAUUAAAUGCACUCUCUCACAUGGCCCUGUCUUCUUUCCUACAUUGUGCAUUUCAAUUGGUUUUUUUUAUUCAGUUAUACAUCUGUUCCUCCAGGUCUCUAGUAAGAGAGAGAAGAGAUGAAGGAUGUGCUUUUUGAAUUACGUGAUAUCAAGCUGCUUUCUUUAUUUCUUCUUCCUUGGAUCUUUCUGUUUCCUUUCCUUUCUGGUCUCAUCAGCAAUCAGGCUUGGAAUAAAAUCAUUUGCCACUUUCUCUUCCUAUUCUCCCAUCUCUUUUUCCUAUGACAGAGUUUCACCACUUGUAGAAGAUAAGUCAUGAACAGGAG